UUGCACAUUCACUGAUGAUUGCAUGCACAACAUUAAUUUUGUGACAGUGGCAAUAAUUAUUGAACUACCAAUUAUAAUCAUAAGAGAGCUACCAUAUAAAACUGUCAGUACUGGAGGCACCACAACUGCAAGAUGUUACCCCUUGCUCUGCACGCAUUGAAUGUGCAUCGUCUCAGUCUUGGAUUAAUGGAUUCAAGUCCAACUUUAACGGAAAGCAGUGAAGAUGUCCUUAAUGAGCCAUCGCUGUACACUACUUCAAUUCCUAUCCAAAAUAUGUCGCUAGUUGAUGGACUUUUCUUCCAUAAGCAUGUUGCUAUUCGAGUAGUCGUUGGUAUCACAUGCUCCCUCUCUAUGCUAGGUGCAUUACUCAUCAUUCUCUCUUACCUGUGUAUUAAGGAAAUCAGAACAAAAUCACGCCAAAUACUGGUGCACUUAUCGGUCGCAGACUUUGGAGUUGCUUGUGCUAAUUUCAUUGGAGUUUGUGUAUAUUUUGACCAAUACAUUCGGCAUUGCCCACUGGAGUCUAGCGUCAUGAAUCACACUGAUAUUAUUGUCACCAAUGGAGUGAAUACUCACACACCAUGUGCAGUUCUUUUGCAACUGUGCAAGACUCAAGCAUUUGUAGCUGCAUACUCCACCUUGGCAUCAGUGCUCUGGACACUCAGCCUCGCUGUAUAUAUCUAUUGCCUAGUCUUCUACACCAGUAGGAAGGUUCACUUUAGAGUUGUGUAUGUGGCCUACUUCUUCUGCUGGGGCAUGCCUCUACUAGUGUCACUAUGGCUGGUGAUAACAGACCAAUUGGGCUACUCCCCUGAAGGUGGGUCCGGUUGGUGCACUCUGAAAGUUCAUAACGAAGAUGGAGAGCAGAAUGUUUUUGCUGUCAUAUUUGGAAACGACUUAUGGAUUUACCUCACCUUCAUUACAGUGACCAUACUCUACGUUUCUGUUCAUUGUCACAUUAAAUUUCAUCUCAAGGAAAUGAAUCCGAUGUUUCUACAAGGUUCAAACAUGGCGACCAUUAGUAAGGCAGACACAAAGUUUCUCCUAAUUCCAUUCUUCUUUCUUCUACUAAGAAUAUGGACGAUGAUUCUGGUGUUUCUAGUGGUAUACUUGAAAAUGGAGCCACCUAGAGUUUUGUCCUAUGUGCUACUCUAUGCAGCAGGUAUUGGCGAUUCAGCACAAGGCUUUGUGAAUGCUCUUCUCUUCUGUGUCUUUACUCCAAAAGUUCGAGAGAAAUUGAUACAGUGCUUCAAGUCCAGAGCUACAUCAUGCAAGGCCUGUCAAACACAGAAACAACGAUCUUCUGUCACAGAUUUACAACUCUCUAAUUCGUCCAGCCUACCUGUCAUAAAGACAAGGGGUAGAACUCGAUCACCCACUACACUAACCAGUGAGGAAGAAUUAGGCCCCAAACGUACUGAUAACAAACAAUAG